UUUUUAAGCGACGAACAUCGCGUUUAGACUAUACUUGUCUAUUAAUCUGCAUAUUAAUUAAAUUUAACUGAUAUUUAUUUAGAGUGACAUUUUAUAAUUUAAUUAAUUUAAUUUUAAUAAGUUCCUAAUAAAUAUAACUAAGUCAAGUGGCGAAAAAUAUUUAAAAAACUUGGUAGCGCCAGCACCCAAAAUAAAUACUUCAAAUUAAAAGUAGGAAAUUCGACUAAACAAAGUUAGAAACCUUUGGCAAAGACUUUGGGAGUAUUGGCCAAUAUAUUUUUAUUUAAUAUAUUAUUGAUUUUAAACCACACUUGUUUUUGCUCAACAACUGGUUUAAUAAAUUCAUUUAGUUGACAAACUAACAUUUCAAAAUAAAACAGACAACAAAUAAAUAUUGACAACAGUAAAAAUCAUGAAAAUGAUGUCUGAGUCCAGUGAAAGGUAGGCCUUAAUUAUUACUAAUUAAAACUUUUAGUUAAGAAAGUUAAAGGCCCUUUUCAAUUUUCACGUAUUUCAGUUCACUCUUAAGUUUAAUAUUGGUAUUCUCUAUACUACUUUGUCCUUAUGAUUUAUGCCUUAUCCAUAUUCAUUUUUUUUAGAGCCUAACGGUGCCUUACCCUAGUAGUUGGGUUCAAUUUUUGUAGGCCCAAGAUAAGAUUUAAAAAAAAAUGAUUUGAUUAUAGACUAGAGUAAAGGCCGGAAAUUAAAUUUUAUAAAAAUUCAAUGGUUUUAUAUUAAUUCUUUUUGGCCAUUACUAUUUUUACAAUAAAUAAUAUCAUAAUGAUGUCAGUGAUAAUCCAAAGCCCUGGUUUUUAUAAUCUAUGGUUCUUCAUUUGUCUGUGUGACAUGUGUUGUUUUAUUUUUGCACCAAAAUGUCCAAAUUGAUGAAUGAUUAAUUUUCUAUACAUUAAAAAAAAAAAAUGGUCACUAGACCUAAUUACUAAUUAUUUUAAUUAAAAUUUACGCAUUAUUUUGAAAGAAUUAAUAUAAUCUUUUAGGCUUAUUUAUUAUGUAUCAAAUAAAAAAUCCCAAAUGGUAUAGGACCAACAAUUAAACUAUUCGUGUCACGAGUUACAUUAAUGUAAAACCAAAAGCAAAUCAAUAGUGUUAAAAAGAGAUUUUCAUUUAUGAUUUUUACUUAAUCUAAUCUAGAAUGUGAGUAGACCAAUUAUUCAUUAUCAAUCUUGUUUACAGGAAAGAUGCUGUUGUACAUUCAGUUGACUAUAGACUAAUCAGCUGCAAUGAAGAAAAUAAUUGUGUCUCCUGCUAAAGGAGGCAGAGCAUUGAAGAGUAAAAGGUCCACCACUCCAGCCAGAAUGGAGGAGCAAUCCGAAUCACCAUUGGGUGAGGUUUUAUAUUAUUGCUUCUAUAGGCUUUUUUCAAGUUCCAACUCACAUAGUAUCAUGAUAAAUUGUUUAACUCUUUCGCUACAGAAUUUUUUAAUCUAAAAAAUGUACAUUUUUUUCGACGAGCGAAAAAGAGUGAGAGGUUGGGUUUAUUAGAAAAUAUUUAAAAUAUUAUUCUUUGGUUUAUAAGACUAAACUUGGUAUCAAAUGAAAGGUAAUUAAAAGGACUAUAUGUUUGUUCACUUAUUUCUUCACUUUAAAAAAAAUAAGUUACAGAAAAGAACCAUAAAAUGUUUUACAUUUUAUGCUAAACCAUUUUUCCCCAAACCCUAUGAUGUACACAUACCUCAUCUUCACUGCAAUAGCUCAAUUCCUUUAAAACUACUCCUAUCGGAAUCAAGCGUUGCAUCUAAAUAUUAAUCAUCUUCACUAUCAAAAGAAAUAGUAUAAAACAAUUCCAAAGCUUUUUUAACUGUUUAUUGUCUAGGAAACUUACCUACUAGGACCUAGAGUAGCCAUAGCAACAGUAGAAAAAAAAUGAGAAGAAAAUCAUCAAACUAAUGCUUCAACAAAUAAACCUUGGUUUCGCUUUUAAACAAUGAAGUACUACUCUUCUAUGUAAAAGUCUUAUUUAAAAAUAGGUCUUAAAAGGUUAACCGAAAAUAAAAAAGAAACAAAUAUGAUAUUGAAACAACACACAGCGCGUUGGUCUGUGCUUUUGAGAACGGCGGAAGAACGCAGUGUGGGUUGUUCUGCAUCGAAAGAGUUAAUUAACUUAAUGGCCUUUGAGGUUAAAAUACUUUGAUGUCUCAUUCAUGAUUCCUGAUAAUAGAUUGUGGCAAUGUGUUUUGCAACAUGCAUGUCUUUUAUAUGUGAAAAAUUGUCUUUUCAUUAAUUUUUUUGUUAUGAGACUUAAUAGGCAGUGCCUGGUUUUUAACUAAUUCAUAUAUUUUUGCAGUCGAAAAGACACCUAGAGCUAGAGUAGUACAAAAAGACCUUGUCAAGAUGGAAUCUAAAGCCAAAGUUAAGAGAGCAGCAACUAGCCCUUUAAUUCCAAACUUAAUGGAUAAGAGAAGAAGAACUUCCACUGAUACCAACUCUAGCGCUGAUGAAAGGAAAUCUCAGCUGCCUAAUGGGCCAUCUCAAAAGGUGAAAUUAAAGGUUGACAGUAGCAGUGAGCAAGGAAUCGAUGCAGACAAAAAAAAUGCCAUCAAUUUAAUAAAUGAUUCGAAGGACACACUUGCUUCAGAAAUGAGACGCCUGGCCACAACACAAGGAUUUUGGUCUUCAAAGACUACCAGUAGGUCCAACAGUCCUGUUGCUGCGAGUGAACAGGGGGAUGGUUUAUUGGUUAGUAAGACAUUAAGCUCUUCCAGGAAAAACAGCAAAAACUCCACACCAGAUGUGUCACCAUCACCAUCUCGCAGAAAAUCUUCCAACAAGAUAAAGAAAAAGCAGGAAGAGAUUGAAGAAUUAAGUAAGCUCAAUGUACCUGCUAACGAACUGAAGCGAUUGAAGACGACUGAUGGAUUUGCUUACCCAAUAUUUUCUCCUUCUGGUCUGAGGCCCAGUUCAAGGGAUGUGAGCCCUUCCUCAACUUCAUCAUUGGAAAGGAUUGGAAGGCAAAUGGCAAGGUCUCAUGCUAGUAAUGAGGAUAAAUCAUUGCUGGGAAAUUUGGAAAAUUCCACUCCUUUGCCGAAGAAUAAAAGGGGAAGACCCAAGGGUAAAGUAAAUUCUCCAAAAAAACUAGUUAAAAAGAGUGGAAAAACUAAUACUUCAUCUACUUCAAAUGAAGACGUAUCUCAGACUGUAGAAGUUAGCAACCCUUUAGCCAAACUGACUUCUUAUAGUUUAAUGGGCAGUGAGAAGUCGGUGCGUGGGCGGCCCAAAAACAAAGUACUUAUACUUGGGAAAUCUAAGAAGACCAAGAUGUUUUCUGACAACGCAUUAAAUGAUUCUGGAAACACAGGAGCUGGUCCUGUUUUAUCGGACAUCGCUACACCAUCAACUAACACUGACCUGUCGUCCGAAAUGGAGAAAAGCUCUGGUAAGAUGAAAGCAGGCCGUGGCAGACCUAAGUUAAAGAAGGUUUUACAAGAGAAAAGCCCACUCCCCGUUGAGACCGUUGCCAGUUGUUCUGAUACCGUUGCCCCAGAGGCAAUCGCUUCAAACAGUCCUGUGUCACAUUUUGCGGGCGUCAGUGAAUUACUCAAUGACACUCAAGUCAGAGUCACACCGCCUGGUGGAAAAGCCAAAAGAGGCAGGCCACGAAAGCUGAGCCUACCUCUUGGUGCUGAUAAGUCGGCUGAACGUUCAGGGGCGGUAAAAAAGUUGGGUAGACCUAAAAUUGUGAAGGACAAUGUUAAUGACUGUGCAGACACCCCCAUAUCUACUCAGGAGGCUCUGGAACUCAAGAGCUUGUCCCUGAUUAAAUUGGAUACGGCUAAGCAGCUAAAGAGGAAGAACAGUUUAAAAAAGCAAAGACAAGCAUUAGCUUUAACAGAUGGCAAUCAAGGUCGUCAGAAAGUGAACAGAUCAGGAAAGAAAGCAGUUGUUGCAAAGGAAAUUUAUGGUGUGAGACUGUAUAAAACAAAGAAAGGGAAGGGAAAGAAAACCAACAUGAAAGACAACACCGUUGGGAGUGUCAAUGAUGAGCUUAAGAUUGUUGAAGUGGAAAAAAAAAAGAAAAUGAAAAAAAAAAUAACAGAGACAGUCUCAAUAGAGCCAAGUGCUUUCUCAAUGGACCCAAAUCUGGUUGAAAUGCAGUCUGUUGAGCCAAUCAUGGGAGAGUCUAUUGUGAAAUCUAAACCAAAGAAGAUAAAGCUACCUAAGACUCUAAAACAAAAAAUUGUUUCUCGCCUCGGUCUCAAGGGGAAAAUGAGGAAAAAUCUCCCUGGCGUCGAGUUGCAAGUUAAGCACAAGAAAAUUCUGAAAAAAAGGAUGACUGACAAACAUGGCGAUGCUGUGAAGCAUUCAGAUCAAUUAACUGAACUUUCUCGUUUGACAGAGCUCAAACGUUUAAAUACCACAGUUGGAUUUUGGUCAUCGCCAGAUGUUAGCACCGAUGUGUUGGUCAGAAGGUCGAAGCAAGUCAAGAUGAGUGAGGCUAAGGCCAAGCAUGGUAAAAAACCUAAGAAGCCACUGGCUCAGCUGAGUUUCUCAAAGCCGAUCUCUCCCAAGAAACCUGAGAGCAGCCUUCUUCAACACAGGAAAAAGAAACUCAGCUCGUUAAAACAUAAUCUGAAGAAGGGGAAAGUGUUCCCUAACAGUGACCUCCUGUCAAAAGAGGUGGACUCAAAUACUAAGUCUAAGAGACAAAAUACCUUAGAAGACCCAUCCUUUCAGCCCAAACCAGCAACACCGGAUGUGCUGGAAAUCAAAAAGAAAAGAAGAGGCAAAAACUUGUUGGAGUUGGAAAGUUUUUUGUCCAUAAGUAGUCAGGUUGAAGCUAGGCGUAAGGGGAAGAGCCUAAAUGAAGACAAGUCCUUGGAGUUAUUACAGAAAAUAGAAUCAGAGACAGUCGCCAGGGUUGAUAAGCAAAUUGAAGAGACAGAAUGUCUUAUCAGGGAAGAUGCCAAGGCACUUGAAGACACUAACAUGUGCAGUACUGAUCCACGUGAGGAGAGACCAACUGAUUUGGAUAAGAAAGUGACUGCAAAUUUUCUGAAGGAAGGCAGUGAUGUUGAGCAGUUUUGUAAGUCUGGUGCCAGUAAUGAGGAUAGUGUCCCAGAAAUAUCUUCUGAACACAACAAAACCGUAACUUCUAUAAGUGCCGGAAAAGAUGAGGGCAAUGGCAAUGUUUUAAUUCCAGAAUCAUUGACCUUUACGACGAUGAUGCCUCAAACUGAAGAUGCUGGUGUUUGUGAGACAAACAUAUCAAGUGUUACAUUAUCUGAAAACAUUAUGACCUUGACAGAAUCUUAUUCACUGGAUCAGCACUCUCAGAGCAAACCUUCAGACUUGGUUGUAACUGAUGUCAUUCAGACCCUACCUCAAAAUUUGAAGUUGGUUAACAAGUCAUGUGUAUCUGUGCUUGACAACAUAUCUGAGCCAGAUGCUAAAGAUUUACCUGAUCAAUCUCUUGCUGAUGUGGACAUGGAGAAUUCAGGAAGUUGUGUAACAGUGUCAAAUGUUCCAUCUGAAGUCAAGGAAGUGGGGGAUGCCUCGUUGACUGCUGCUGAAAUUGUCCUAGAAAGAGGAGACGUUUUAGUUGGUGUUGAUUCUUUAAAUACCCCUGAAGAUGGGAAUGUUGAAAACAGCAAGGAGAUCUUGGGCUGUAACACAGACGAUGCUCCUCUGAACACGGAGGAUGCUCCUCUGUGCGUUGAGACAGGGGCUCAAAAAGUUCUGAUGCCACUAAAUGCAGUAGCUGUUGAGUUGGAUGAGAAGAACUCAGUGGCUGAACUUCCAAUUGAUGAUGCAAUACAAAUCGGGGCUAUAAAUGAGAAGACAUUAAAUGAAAGGUCACAAGAUAUGCCAGCUCCUGGUGAGAAUGUGGAUAUUUCAAUGUCAUCUGGCUUAUGCAAUGCUAUCAGUAGUAGUAAAGAGACUGCUGAAAUGGCUGCUUUAGUUUCAACUCUCAGUAAUGUUGAAAUUCCUGUUUUAGAUCCAUGUGAAGAACUUGCCAGUGACCCUGAUAUGUCCCAAUUUGAGGGUAUAGUGUUGAACAAGCACAAGAAACGCAGGAGGAUGAAGACAAGCUUUUACAGGUUUAAAAAACGCAGACUUACUGAGAUGAGACAGAAGAGAUUAUCUGCCCUGUAUGGAGAAGCCCAGGAAAGUUCUUCAAUAGAUUCUGAUAAUAUAACUGAUAGUCUUCCUCCAAGCAGUGCUGCUGUGCUGGAAAAUGAGGAUAUUUACCCAAAGGACCCCUUGCGAAAAGUUAGAAAACGCAGGAGAAAUGUUUGGAGAAAAGGGGUUGUUAAAAAGCCUGCUUAUGUAGCUAAAAAAGUACGCAGCAAACAACAGGUAGCCUCAUCACAAACUGCAGACCAGUUGGUACUUUUGCCACUGGAGGAAAGUGAAACUACAAUUAAAGAAGCUAGUAGUGCUCCCCCGGUAUUGGAGGCAUCAAAAACUGGUGUAAAAUCGGCUAAAGAGAAAAAGUUUGCCAUGCUGAGACGGCUCCAAACGAAUGCCAAUUUGGCCAAUGCUGUCCUUGAUGAGAGUACGCUUAAGGGGAGAUUUUUAAGGAAACAGCCACCACAAAGUAUCACAAGCGUUGAUGGUAAAACAAGAAGAGAGAGGUCAAAAGCUGGGGUAUCUUUAUCAGGGCUUCCAGAGGGGCUACUGCAGCAACUUACGGUCGAGAUCCCUGAUGAGACUAAGCCAAAGAAAAGGGGAAGACCUAGAAAGCUCAGUGCUUCCAUGCCAAAGUUGACCCCUACUGAUAUCGACAGCCCAAACUCUAAUUCUAAUAUUUCAUGGUCUCAAGCACCGCCACCGGGGUUAACCCCACAGUACAGGACAUCACCAAAGCCAGAAGAAGAAACAUUUAAUUUGUUUGGGAAAGCUGACAGCAAGGGCUCACUGGACACAGAGUUUGUUGCUGAAAGCGUAGAUGAAACUGACCUCCAUUUGUAUCUGUCUGGAGUGAGUGAUGAAGACCUCUCCCCAUCAAAAGAGUCUUCAUUUGCCAGCCUAGAGGUUAACCCAAAGCCUCAAGAGUUUGUUCCUGUGAUACCAACUGAGGGGGACACCACAAAGCUAGAUUUGCCUCUAGAUAAUGAAGCUCCCACUCUUAUCAUCUCACCUUCAAUUAUCAAGGAUAAAGACUUGAAAAAAACUGGUAAAACUAAGAUGAAAGGUAAAAAAGGAAAACCACCAGGGAUUCCAAUGACAGAAGAAGAGAAGAGCAGGAAGGGCCGGAAGUCCAAAUCUUCCAGUCCUGUAGUUUCUCCUUCACUCUAUCAAGAUUAUGAUCUAUUUAAGAGGCCGCGGACAGCUCGAAAGUCUAUGCAAAACUCAAAUAUGUAUUCCCCACCGAUAUCGGGUCAGACGAGUGCUUCUGGCUCAACAUUCAGUUUAAGGAAGAAGUCAACACGUUCUCCUCUUGAGAUGCUGGAAAUGAAAAGAAGACAAGAAGAGGCCAUUUAUGAUUUAGAAGAGGAAAGGCGUCAAGCUAGGCGAAUCCUGCUGCGAGAGAAGCGCUAUGCUAGAGAAUCUGGGGAUGGAUUUUCAGAUGAUGGGGAAGUCUUGGAUGAAGUGCCCAUAAAACCUUGUUCUGUCAUGCUGAGUGACUUUGUGAAGAAGCUUCAGCUGGAUAACAUUGAUUCACCAUCGGAAAAUGAUGAGGAAGAUGAUGAUGCAGACUCAACAAUGUUCUCUAGCCCAACAUAUAACGUUGUGGAUGAUCAGGGUGACGAGGACUGGUGCGCCAACUUGGAGGAUUUUGAAGAUGUGGACGACGAUGAGGGGCUAGUGAAGGAGAAACACGACAGACCCUACAAACCCAGACUCAAGCUUAAGAGGGUUAUGAAAAAGAAUAAACUGUUUCGGAUUAGAAGGAAAAACCCCAGCUCAAGCUCACCAAAGGCUGCACAAGAACCUAUUAAACUUGUCAUUAAAGCCGAACCCAUAUUGGAUUCGGGUGCUCCGGGCUAUAAAGCCACCAUGGAUUUAUCCAAAGUGGAGCGGACUGGGUUUGAAGGAAGUUACCUCGACUUUUUGAAAUGCAAGUCCAACGAUGAAAAACGAAAAUCUUCAGUCAAGAAGAAAAGCUAUGUCGCUGCUCAGCUUAGUCCAAAAGAAGACAAAGAUAAUAAAAAGAAAGAAGGGAAAUCACAGAACUUAGUAAGUAGCCCACCAAAAGUACCUUCCCUUCUGAUAGCCCCUGGCAUGGGUCAUGUUCGCAAAGUUGGACAAUGUGACGGUUCUCCAGUGCUUGUUGCUUCACAGAGCAACAAUGAAUCACCUGUUAAAGAAACUCUUCUCACAAAUAGUCCAAAAGUGCCUCUUGUUUCUGAACUUUCUAAGAAUUUGUCACUGGGUGAAGAAGAAGAGGAAGAUCUUCUAAUCUUAGAUCUAGAAGAGGGAGCCCAGGAUCAGAACUCGAGUGGUUCCUUUAAAGGUAGUCCCAUUACUGAAAAUGCUGAUGCAGAGAAACCCACGGUUGUUGCUAAAAAUGCGCUUGUAUUUGAAAAUAAUGCCACCCAUAGCACCAUUUCUGAGCCGCUCAGUCAUGUUCAAAGAACUCGCUCUAAUGAUGAGAUGGGCCUGAUGUUGGCUUCAUACAACGACUUUGAUAAUCCUAGCACUGGAAGUAAUCAGCUAAAAUCGGUCACAGAAGAAAAAGUUCCUGACCUUACUACUGAAAGUCAGUGUGUAGAUAGAGAGAAUGAUGCAGCUCUUAGGGUUACUAAACCUUGCAACAUAAACAAAAUAUCAACCAAUAUUUCCGCAUUUGAACCUUUGAAAGAUAUUUCUAAAGAAAAAGUGUCUCACACAAAGACUUCUGUUAUUGGCCAAGUUGACAUGUCUGUAUUAACUACAGCAAUUGUGUCUGAGGAUGAUCAGAUGCAAGUAGGGUUAACUGUUUUGAAUGGUUCAGUAAAUUCCCCAGAUAAUAACAAUGUUAUGGUUCCAGCAAAAUCUCCCUCUUCUAUUCUAAGCGAGCCCAUAAAGAAAACUGGUAAUGUUAAUGAGAACUCUAUAAGCCCUAGGCAGAUCACACAAACCGGCAGCAAGUCAGAUGAAUGGAGAGUUAAAGUGAUCCUUCAAUCUGACAAAUUGCCUUCUGGGAAGUACAAAUGUAAGCGCUGCGACUACAAAGCUUCAGAAAAAUUAUCCAUCGAGUCUCAUAUAUAUAGUCAUAUUCCAGGUGUUCAGUUUCGCUGUGCAUAUUGUGAUUGUGAAUUCAGUUCAAUGACAGCCACAUGGUCUCAUCUAAAGAAUUUCCAUGCCAUCAGCGAGGCAAAGCUUUGCAUAAGUCGCCACAUUGAGGAGAAGUGCUUCUAUGAAAAGGAGGAUGUGGUCUUCUCAGAAGAGAGCACCCACACCAGUUCAUCACAGCCAACAAAUAUUAACCCAGGGGGUCAGUCACCACCCGUUAUAAUAUCUGUGCUUGUCAGCGGAACUGUGAAUGCCUCUAGGAGUGCAAGAUCCGGGGCUCCACGUCGGUUCGUCUGUACACACUGUGGCUUCUCCACCAAUGUCAAGGAAGAUGCAGAGCACCACACAUCAGACCUUCACAAAUCUCACAAUCUGUUUGCCUGCCUUCUGUGCAAUGAAAACAUUUUCUCAUCUGAGGCGGAGAUAAAACAACAUAGUGCCGCUGUUCACCCGAAACGUCAGAGGACUUACGGCAAACUGCCAGACUUCUAUGAUGCUGAACAGCUCAACUCAAAGGGGAAAAGCCCCAACCAAGAGGAAAGAGACAACAUCUUUGAGAGGAUGAGCUCCAUAUUCCAAGGGGAUGAAACCCAGCAGGAGACAAAUGCCAUAGAUCAUCAUCAAAAAGCUAAAGAUUACCUUUACCUGCAGGAAGAAUGGAAAGAGAAGACCCGGGUGGAAGCAGAUAGUACGACUGCUGUGGACUUUAUGGAAGACACGCUUGCUGAACCGUCUACUACAGAAGGGCAGCUUUUGGUGGAUGGGUCUUCUACUGGCGAGGACAAGGUUUCUGAAAAUGAAGUUUCAGUGGAUGAAGUGUGCAUGAAAAGCUCCAAGCAGCUGUCGUGUGAUGCUGACAUCACCUCGUCUGCUGCUGCCAUGCUGGUGACAACUGAAAUUUCUGAAAAAAGAUCAACCCUGACAUUGGCAGGCGCUACACCUUUAACCACCUCUUUAAACGAAGUCAACAUUGUUGCACAGGAUACUGAUGCACUUGGAGACUCUAUAAGGUAUGUAAUAAUAAUAUGAUCUGGUAUUUAAUAUUGGAGUUAAAAUAGUGUUUAUUAUUUUUUUUUAUGAAUAUAAUCUUAUUAAAUAAGAUUCAGAUUAUUAAAAUAAAUUAUUUUUUUAGUACCGGUUACUAAUUUUUGAAUAAUGUAAUAUUUUUGUUUUUAUUACCGUUGACCAAUUGUUUGCACAAUUUAGGCGAGUCUUGUUCUACUUCUUUUUUUAUUUAGGUUGUCAUUUAAAUUCUGUCAGAGGGGCAUAAGGCAUAAACAAUGUCUUUCUAAUCCCAAACACAUUGUCUACCCAGGGUUUGGGUCUUUCCAGUUUAAUUUUUGUAUUUUUCCAUGCUUGCUUUAAGUUCCAAAUGUUUUUAAGUGCAACAAAUGCUCCUUCUGCUUGUUGUAAUCUUCUAUUGGCAUGAUUAUUCAGCGCACUCUAUUUCUGUCAUAUAAUUGUUCUUUUUUUCGUACUGUUCAUUGCUUUUUUUUUUUUUUUUUUUUUUUUUAUUACUUUUUUUCUUUUUUUUCUUUUUUUUUUUUUUUUUUUUUUUUUUUUUUUUUUUUUUUUUUUUUUUUUUUUUUUUUUUUUUUUUUUUUUUUUUUUUUUUUUUUUUUUUUUUUUUUUUUUUUUUUUUUUUUUUUUGAUAAUAACUUCUCUACUUCUUUAACGUCUAUUUUGUGGGGAAAAUAAGGAUAUGAAUUCUCCUUACUUCUAUCAGUGCCAAUCUAGCAAGUACUUAUACCCCACCCUCAAAGAACCAGGAAGAUGCCAGCUUGGCAGAUGGUGAGAACGUUUCAAGCGAUGACUGCAUGGGGCUAAAGAUAGUCCAGGUUGUAAGUCUUAGUCAGCAGAAUGAAUCUGCUACAGGUGAUUCUGAGCUUGCUGAAUGUUUCAAAUCUGUUGGACAAGAACAUAUCAAACAGGUAGGUAACCACCAUACUUCACUGCACAUAUCAGUUGAUAUUUACCCAAAUGCCUUUUUUUAAAACUCUGGUAUAUUUACUGUAUAUGUUUUAACAUGUCCUACAUUAUUCUUUUAUGUUGAAGCCGUGUCAUACUAGCGAGGACCACGUGAAGAUGUGUGUAUUUUUACCAAGCCAUCAAAUGUUUUUUGCUUUCUAGAUCUGUCACUGCUUCAUUAUUUUUUUUAUAAAAUGACACUGAAGGCUGCCACUGCAUAUCCUAACUAAUAACGUCACUUUGGAGAUGGUGUCGGUGGGUCGUCGAGUUUGCACUCAUAAUACCCCGGCACUCUCCCAAACGGGCCAGAGCCGAAGCUCCAGACCGUGCGGAAGCGCGCCAGGAACUUUCCUCCUGGCCUGAGGGACGUCCGGUCGACCGAGGACGCUGCAUUUAAAGCGUCUGUAGUCCACUCUCCUAUAGGUCAGGACGGCUUUACUUCCUCUCCGGGGAGGUGGUGUUGCGUUACCACUCCCCACCGCCCAGGGAGCUGUUCGGUCGAUAUCAUUUGACUGAAUCUAUUUAUUAUAGUUACAGAAACAAUUCAUAUUAGAUUGGUGAGCACCAUUUAACUUGGCAGUUCCUAAAUUUUUUGCAGCUCCGCACCCCUGAUGAUUUUUAAUCCCACAAUCCAUCUGGAUAUCAAAACCUAUUUCCCAUCCGCACCCCCACACCUUAAUUUUAAAAAAUGCUAAUUAAAAUACAAAUCACACUGCCUGAUUGUUCAGAACCCUUGCUUUAACUUCAUAACCCAAAUUUAAAGGAAAGAGGUAAUGCAUCGAAUAGCAUAGCUGACCUUAAUGCACAUUGACAAUUAUGGUACCGAUAUACCCUCUUAUCAGAUUUUUUUUAUUAUUUCAGACAACUGGUGACACAACAGACCAAGGGCUUAUUGACCAAUUGAAAACUUCCAGCAAGCCCAAAGAAGAUGAACCUCAAUCAACACAAGCUUGUCCUGUUGCUCCUGCAAAAGAAGUUGUUCCAGACAAUACCAACAAUCAGCCACAAGCUAAAGACACCAAACAGCCUGGGUCUUCAGCACAGAUGCCUGCAUCUGGUCACACAUCCACAUCAUCAUCUUUUGCCUGUGGCCUUCCUUUGUCUUACAAAUGUAACGCAUGCAGAGUGCACACCCCUUACCUCCUUAUGAUGGUGAAGCACUUGAAAGCAAAGCACCCAAACAUGCGCUGCUUCGCAUGUCCGUAUUGCAAGGCUACCCAUAGUUUUAUCAGCCAGAAACAGCUUCGCCUUCAUGUCAGAAACUCUCAUCCGGACAAAAUUGGCAGGAAUGAAAUUGCCCUGUCCGAAGAAGCUAAGAAGUUUGUUGAGGCUAUGGUGCUGCCCAAUAGUCCCGAGUGUAUACGUGUUGGAAACCGGGUGGUGCUUGAGGAAGACAUUCAUACGUGUACAUACUGCCAGGUCAAGAUGACGUCACUGGCUAACGUUUACGAACAUCUAAAUAGUAAACACUCGGACUUGUUUGAGUUUGUCUGUCCUGUUUGUCAGAAUUUUAAGAGCAAAGUCCUCAGUGAGAUAGCCAUUCACUGCAUGCAGGCUCACAAGUCAUCUCUUGACACUGACAAAGUUCACGUUUCUGUUCCCAAAAACUUAUUCACCGUGCUGACCUGCAUUUCUAAAGGGGGAAAGUACAUUGAGAAAAGUUUGCAUGCUUCGGAAGACAACGCUUCAAAAUCAGGAGCUACACCGGCAGGUACUUCAUCAGACUUACAGCCGACAUCUGAAAUGGGUCCCAAGGCCCCAAACCCGCAGCCCGCACACAAGACAAUAGUGGAUUCUCCACUCAGCCUGCAGCGAACAUUAUCAUCCGUAUCGACACCAGCCCCGGCAGCUGUAGAGCCAUUCGUUGGUCCAUUAUCCCAGUCCAUCCCACAAAUGACACUCUUAUCACAGACCCCGCUCAUUGCUAUUCCGAUUGUUUCUGGGUCGAUUGGAGGAAUUCCAUCAGUGUCUACCACCCGGCCUCUGAUAGCUUUCUCCAGCUCACUCUUUGACACGUCAAGUCUGACAUCGCCGCCUCAGCUCAUAAUGUCUAGUGCAUCUAAACCGACUUCGGUCAUCCAGAGUACGGCAGGGGCUGCCAGUUUCUUGUCACCUUCACAGAGUGUGCAACCCUUUACUAAGUCUAACCCACCUACAAAACCGUCUUCUCAGCAGCCUGGGCCCAGAAAGAAAAGUUUAAAAAGCUUACCUGUUUUGAAUAUUCCAACCAUAAAACCAAGAGCUCAUCAGCCCUCAUUAAGUACCACCCCAGGCAGGCCCUCACAUGAAGUUUCCAUUGCCCCAAGCUCCACCCCUGCACCACCAGCUGCUCAUCACUCACCUCAGACCAGAGUAGCCUUUAAGGCCCCAGUAGUUGACAACCUUCCAGAAAAUGAACCAAGUCCAGAUGCUUUUAAAAUUUUCAACCUUCGCCCUAUGCCCCAACCCUCUCCUACUUCAAUGGCUCCACCUGCAAACCCUAUUGUAUUCCCACCAGUCUCUACACCAAUCUCCUCUGCAUUUAUUCAAGGGCCACUGGCAGGAUUCCCAGCAAACAUGGUGCUCCAACCUAACCUCAUGACACAGUAUGCUUUCUCCCAACCACUUAUGCAUCCUCAAAAACUGAGUGUCCAGCCAUCUCAGACCUCAAAACAUAUUAGACCAUCAACACCAUCUGCUGCUCCGGUGUCCUCCCCUCUUGGGGGAAGUUUCCCAUCCCACGGAGCGUCAAGUGCCCAGUUUGGUAAAAAAAAUCAACCUCCACGUGAUCCUCCACUUUUGAAGGACCAGCGUUAUGAGCUUCAGCGGCAGCUGCUGCUCCAACAGCAGAAACCAACUCAUACCUCGGCCCCACCGUCACAUCAGACGGCCAAAUCUGGACAUUUUCACAUAACAUCCCAUCCCCCAUCCUCACACACGUUCAAUCAGGGGCCAGCCUCGGUGAAACAUAAAGAGCUUUCACAUUCAAACCCAUUACCUUUAGCGUCGUCUUCAUCGCCUAGUGAGUCCAUGGCCAGGCCGGUCAAAGGUGUGCACAAACGCAGCAGUUCUAUCUACCAGUGUCCGUACUGCCCUACGCUGGUCAUCUUGAAGCCACUGGAGGUGGCCUCCCACAUUCAGCAGCUCCAUCCUGGUCACCAGGUUGCCUUUAAGAAGUGGAACUUCAACAGAGGGGACCACUAACUGAUUUCUAUAAACAUCUAAUGAAUGCUCGUCGUGACUUUAACAAACUUUUCAUCUUGAAGAGACACGAGAGCAUUUUCACCUCAUCUACUGACCGACUCUUUUUAAUGACCCAAUGUACAAAAUAGAAAACACUUAUUUUAUCAGUUAACUUUGUAGAAAACCUCAAGUACGUUAUUAAUAAUGACACUGAACUAAAUGAAGCUGACAGUGUGCUGUAUCUUUGCCUAUUUCACAAAACUCUAAGGAGUUGUAAAAAUAUCCGGUAGUACACAUUUAUUUCAUGGUUUUUAAAACUUUUGUUGUUCACAAUGCAAGUGGCAGUGUUUUAAGACUGGUGUUGAUCAUCUAUUCAAGACUUUGAAUGUGUGCUUAAACCAAACUGGUUUUGUAAUGCCAUGAUGAUGUAAUGUAAGUCUUGGACAGUUUUCUGCAAGCUAAAUUUUUUUUGUUUGUGUUAUGUGCUUUGUGCCCAGGAUAAUGUCUCUGUUAAUUGUUUAGCCUUGUAAUAAGUGCCUUCCUGUUAUGAUUUAUUUUCUUCCUUUCUAUGUGAUGACUGAGGCUAUCUGUUUUGUUUUUCUUUCUGGCUACUGUGCCAUUGCAUUGCUCUGUUCCUUGUUGGAUGAGGUCAAAUGUAACCUUUGAGGUAAUGUUAUUUCAGGUAAAUUUCAGAUCAUUUAAAUUUCAUGCUCUUUUUGUCCGGUUUUGUUAUUUAUGCAGCAAAUGGAGCAAAACAUUUUUUUUCACCGUACAUGGAAAUGCAAUUUCAGUCGAUAUAUUAAUUCGCAGUUUGUUUAUAAAAAGCUGUUUGAUAUUCGUUUAAGGGCCUAUUUUUUAAUUUUUUAAAAUUUCCAUCAAGAAGCUAAGAUGGCUAAAUUAUUUAUUCACAUUUUGACCUAUUAAUAAAUUGCACAGUAUCACAUUUGUAAAAAAAAAAAAUUAAUUAACGGUACUAUAAAUCAUCAUGCAGUUAAAGUUACAUUUUUAGAAAUUAACUAGGAUGUAAUGUUAAUUUGUAUUUUGUUUAAAUGUGGACACCUGUCUAUGUGGUGUUUUUUCAGCUACAGCCAUCUUAUUGAUAUGCAAGUCACAUUCGUUAAAAUGCAGCAUUGGAGAUGGAGUCUCCAUUUUGAUCAAAUGUUUUUUUAUCCAGAAUUGCAUUAUUAUUGACAAUGCUUUGAAUUCAUGUAUCUUUGCAAGCAUUUUUUUUUUCUCAUAAGGUUAACAUUCUUAUUGCGGUGUAUUUUGAUAGCUCAAACUAUAUGGAAGUUUCAAACACUCCUUCUUGAAAAAUCUUGACAAAAACAAGUUGUCUGAAUCUAACAUUUGUUUUCAAAAAUAAAAAAAGCAAAAAUCUAUAUAAUUUAUUGCAUGUUCUAUUUUAGUCACACCGACAUUGACCUAACUACUCAGGGUGAAUUUAGAAAGGUAGUAACACAAAGUUUGCAUGUGGAUACAAUAAUGAGAUUAUGUUGAGACAAAGAUGAAUCUUUUUACACACUGCCACUGGAUGUCUUUUUUAAUGCAUUGUGAAUUCUUCGCCCCUGGAGUGACUCCAGUAAAAUGGUGUGUUGAAGUACUUGAAGGCAUGGUUUGUUCCCAUAAACUGGAACUAGACCUAUGGGAACAUUGCAUCCCUAGGGAGCAGAUUGUUUGAUGCUGGGCAUUUGUAAGUAAGGCUGGUUAGGACUGUAGAGUCUCCUCCAAGAAGAUGAAUGGGUGUAUUGGAAAGUUGAUGUUUCCCGUU